CUACCUCUACAACCUCCGUGUUCAGCAGAUCAUUUAUCAUGAGAAACUGCAGAUUGUUCCAGAAACAUAUUGCUGCUGCUGGCGUCUCUGGGUGCGCUAGGCGAUGUGAAAGUGAAAGAAAAGUUUAUUGUUAGGGAGAGCAAAGCAGGUUAGGCUACUGACUGGAGGUUCUGUAUAGGUCAUCUGAGGAUAUAUGCAGCGUUUGAUGUACACAUAGCGCCUGGGAUUUUAUCGCACAGGGAAGAGUGAAGCAGACCUGAGCAUCAUCCAGAGAGGCUGGCCUGGAAGGUGCCAAGAUGCAGGAAGUGGAUCAGGACCCGUUUAUCUGUCCUGACUUGGGAGCUCUACCAGAUGAUUUAUCUGAAUUCUUGAGUGAUGAUUAUCUGCGGAAAUUUGUGGUUCCUGAUCUCGACACAGAUGUGCUCUUUGACGAUCCAUGGUUGAAUUAUGAGGAUGUACUCAACACCUGCUGUGAUCUUCCCAUGUCAACAGAGCUGUCCAGCCUUGACAGCCACCAGCAGGGACAGGAGGACAAAACAAGCAAAACAAAUAACAGGAAAAAAAGACCCAGAGCUCCCCGGGCACAGCGGUGCACUGAUGUGAACACACCAUCUCGGCCAAAAAGGCAAAGAGCAGCAGCUCAACCAAAGGCGAAAGUGGCACAGACUGAGCCGUCUGUCACUCAAGGCACAGGAAUAGAGCCGAGUUCAGAAGAGACAGCGGGCCUCUCAUCCACUCCACCAAGAAUCCUUCAUUUCCAUCCCUCCAUUCAGUUUAUCACCAUCCCAGACACUCCAGCAUGUCAGGUUGUUCAAACACUAAGUCUCUCUCCUCCGGUUAUCAGACUUCCACUCCCCAAUACAGCUGCUACACGUACUUACAUAUUGGUUCCUGCUGCAUCACCGCACUUCAAACGCCAAGUACCAACCCUCUCCCCGACGGAUGGUGCAGUAGUGCCAGUCCAAAUGAGUUCAUCCCCACCAGGAUCUCUGUCAGACACCGCUAGCAAAGUCAUGUCUCCCCAUUGCGCGUCGCCCCUCUCCCCCAGCAAUGAGAUGUCUUCAUGUAAGGAAUCACCUCUUCCUCAGUGUCCCACUGUCCUUGACAUUCCACAGGGUGUAAAGGACUACAUUCAGGAAGCCAAAGCACACAUGAGUCAAACAUGCCAGGAUAUAGAGUCAGGGCUUAGCUUGACCUCUCAUUAUGUUGAUGUGGAAGUGAGCCAGAGAGAAACUCUUCGCUCUGGAAAAAACACAAACAAAGCCCUGGACAAGGAGCUAGUCAUCAUGGGCGAUACAGAUCGGCAAAAAAGCUUGUUGGCGACGAGUCAGAUCUUCGAAAGACCAAAUGGAGACAAACCCAAGCGCUACGUAUUGUUACUUGGCAAUGCUGGCAUGGGAAAAACCACCCUGAUCAGGAAACUGUGUCUUGACUGGUCCAGAGACUGCAUCCCACAGUUUGACUUUGUCUUUUUUUUAGACGGCAAAGCACUCUCUUUAACGGAGGCGACCUACAGCCUUCCGACCCUCCUAUUAAACCUCUCCUCCUUUGCCCCUCCCUGCACCGACCCCAAGGCAGUGUACGCUCAAAUCCUUGCCACCCCUAAGCGUGUGCUGAUCAUUUUUGAUGGGUUUUGCAAGUUGCGGGACUAUGAAAUACUUCUCCAGACUCAAGAAAAAGAUUUGAUAACGUCAUUGCAGAAAGACAGCAGAGCACAGACAUAUACAGUAAGACAGUUAUAUUCUGCCAUCCUUCAGAGGAUCCUCCUUCCAGGCUGCACUCUGCUGCUCUCUACUCGACCAAGAGGCACUGCCAGUCAGCUCCUCCGGCGGACGGACAGCCUUUUGGAGGUGUGUGGCUUCACCCCCUCUGACGUACAGAUAUAUUUGUCCCAGUACUUCACUGAUCCUGACCUCAGAGUAUCUGCUUUAGGUUUCUUGAAAAACUGCAGCUAUCUGGACCUCCUCUGCUGGAACCCUGGACUAUGUCGGUUGGUCUGCUUGGUUUUAGAACAAUGCAAGAGUUUGGAGGACCUACCGAGAACUUUAACCGGGCUCUGCCAUCAAGUGCUUCAUCUGAAAGUGGAAAAGGACAUUAGGAACACAAACUCACAGGCUAUAACUCAAUCAGAAAUAUCAGUAGAAGAAACCCAGACACAAAGUUCAAGUAGUUCUCAAGUGAAGAGGCGUAAUAUAAACACUCGCACCCGCACUCGCUCUCGCACCCAAAGAGCAAGGGGGUCAAAAAAACAGGAGAAAGAAGAAUAUGACAUUGAAGUAGAGGAAAUGAAGAGUGCUGGCUUGGAAGUAGAUAGAACAGAGGAGAGGGAGUUGCUGUCCCAGCUGAGUUCUUUGGCCUGGGAAGGAGUUAAAGGAAACUCCUCCAUCCUCCCCACAGGACGGACGAUAUCUGCCAAACUCAAGGCGUUCGGCCACAGGACAGGGCUCUUCGUCUCCUACCACCUAAGGACGAGGCAGGUUGUCUCAGGUGGUGAGAGAGAGGACAGAGAAGAAAUUGGAACAGAGGAGACUGGAGAAAAGAGGAGAAAUAAGAUGGACACUGAAAACGCUGAUGCCAGUGAUGACCACAUCGUGUUGUGGGCCAACCCUUUCCUUCAGAGUUACCUUGCAGGGGUCCAUUUGUCUCUGUCAAGAACCAUAACAGACCGCGCCUUCCUCCAAACUCUCCCUUUCCAGACAGGCCAGAAGGCACGUCGGAGACCUCAAAGGGAGGAGCUCGAGCUCACUCAGCGAUUUGCAGUCGGGCUCCUGUUCCACAACAGGACAGAGCUGCAGAGGCUUCACUCAUACACAGAGAGGGCCUUCAGAGAUAUGGUGGCCGCCAAGCAGGCUUUAGUAACAAAACACCUCAUGGGUCUUUCCCAUGGUGACCUGAGCCCCACCCAGGUCCUGGAGGCUUGUCACUAUGUUUAUGAGGCGAGUUCCACGCAUGGUGAUGGUAGCAGAGACACUGGCAGCACACGGUUAGUCGCUCACCUGGCAGCGAGUCUUCCAGAAUUCCUGACAUUUUAUGGAGUCCCAUUUAUGCCGCCGGACGUGUUUGCUGUGCAGAACGUUCUUGAAAGGGGUGGAGCUGAAGGUAGAAGGUUCUGCUUGAAUCUGGAGGAUUCUGGGAUACAGAUUUCGGGACUCAGAGCUCUGGUGGGGCUCAACAACAUCAACACAUACAGGGCAUGCAUUGCUGAUGUCAUCACCUUAUGGGAGCAGCUAGAGCAGAGCGGUGAAGAAGUGCUCCUACAAGGGACCAUGUCCAAAUUCAAGAUCCACCCUUUGAAAGCCACACAAGUGUGUCAUAUAGAGCACCUGGCAAAGCUGGUGAACAUACAUGUGCACAAGAAGCUGUCAGACAGUUCCAGCCAAUCAGAUUCAAUACUGGCUGAGGGAGUACCAGCAGUCAAAGAGCUACACAAGCUGGAGUUUGAGCUGGGUCCAGAGAAAGGUCCCCUGGUUCUUCCCAAGCUGUGGGAGCUCCUGCCAGGUCUACAUAACCUACAGCACUUAGAUCUAGAGAACAGUAAGAUUGGGGACAAAGGAGCAGAGAAUUUGGCUGAUUCUUUAGUCUCACUUGGUUCCCUGGAGAUACUCAAUCUGUCACAGAACUGUAUAGCAGACCGGGGGGUGAGGAAACUGGCAACUGUGCUGAGGGAUCUGCCCAAACUGCACUGUUUAAGUCUCUAUAGUAACAUGAUUUCUGAUGAAGGGGCAGAGAGUUUGGCUUCCGUCCUCCCACACAUGGCUUCGCUCACUGACCUGGACGUGAAGUAUAACAAGCUAACAGAUGUUGGAGCACAGAGCCUGGGAGCCAGUCUGAGAAACUGUAGAAAAAUGAAAACUCUGCGGAUGUGGAACCAGUGUAUUCCAUAUGGAGUGUUUGAGAGACUUCAGCAGCAGGACAACCGGAUCCAUUGGCAGUAGAACGAUAUGAAACCUCUACCACAAAGCUAUGAAUAUGUUUACACUACACAAUAGUUCACCUUGCCAGAUUAUUUCAAAGAUUCCGUGCUACAAGGGAAUGAUUUAACCUUAUGAGUUACACAGUACUGCAUGUGUGUCCUGUAUGGGUGCUGUUGUGGAAGUUUUCCUGCUUUACUCUGGAGAGAUGUAUAUAAAAUCAAAUAAAUGGUGAUAGAGA